CACCCCUAGUCAGAGGUCAAAUAUGAUUGACAGCUCACAACACUAAAUAAAACACCAGUAGAUACUGAUUUCUAAACCGGUAUUUCACUCUUUUAUUAGUUUUCACACAAGGCCAGAAUUCAUAUGAAAAUGUAAGAUCAGCAAAAGCUUGUUGAUUUUCGUGAUGUUAAAGGAGAUGAACAUGUGAGCGGAAACUAACUAAGGUUGGGGGAGGAUUCAUCCAGAUAAAUAUCACAGUUCAGUCGUGAGUGUUUUCAGACAUUUUAAGCAUCACUAUCGUAAACUUUUCAGUGAACCGAUGAAGAAAAUGUUUCUCAAAUUAGUUUCAUUCUGUUUGUGUUUGUGGCAUCUGGUUGGUGAGUUUGAAAUGUGAUUUUAUGGCUUCAGUUGCUUCUCUUCUGGUAUUACAUAAUAAAUCACUUGUUAAAUUAAUCAGAGGAUUAACAUUUACUGUUAUUUUCAUAUGGAAAUACAUCAAAUCAACAUCAAAUGAGUUUAAAGCUUAAUCUGUAAGAAAAAAAAAUUAUUCAGGUGUGUUUGGCAAUGAAGUGGAGUCAUUAAUAGUGGUGGAGGGAGAUUCAGUCACUCUAAACUCUGGUCUUGUUGAAGUAAUGGAUGAUGCUGUGAUUCAUUGGAGCUUUGGAAAUGAAAACACUUUAAUAGCUGUGAUCAAUAAACGGCUCAAAGGCAUGACUGUAUAUGAUGAUGUUCUUGAUGGGAGAUUCAGAGACAGACUGAAGCUGGACAAACAAACUGGAUCUCUGACCAUCACAAACACCACAACUGAACACGCUGGAGGUUAUAAACUACAGACCAACAGUGUGAAAAAGCGUUUCGAAAUCACUGUAUUUGGAGGACAGAAGUCAGUGUCGGUGAAGAAGGGAGAUUCAGUCACUCUAAACUCUGGUCUUACUGAAAUAAUGGAUGAUGAUGUGCUUCAGUGGUGGUUUGUAAGGAAAAACGCUUUAAUAGCUGAAAUCAAUAGACAGGUCGACAGCAUGACAGUAAGAGACAGACUGAAGCUGGACAAUCAAACUGGAUCUCUGACCAUCACAAAUAUGAGAAUCACAGAUGCUGGAGUUUAUCAGCUACAUAGCAAGUACACUGUUGGGACUAUGUUCUCUCUCAGUGUCCACAAUGAAAUUUCAGUGAUGGAGGGAGAUUCAGUCACUCUAAACAAUGAUCUUAUUGGAACACCGAGCGACGAUAUAAUUGCGUGGAGGUUUGAAAAAGAAAGCGCUGUGAUGGCUUUGAUCCUUAAACGGACCAACGAAGCUGGUGUACGUGAUGAUGUUCUUGAUGGGAGAUUCAGAGACAGACUGAAGCUGGACAAUCAAACUGGAUCUCUGACCAUCACAAACAUCACAAUAAAACAUGCUGGAGAUUAUGAACUGCAGACUAACACACUGACUGAGAUUUUCAGACUCACUGUCUAUGCUCGUCUGCCUGUUCCUGUCAUCAGCAGUAACUCUUCAAACUGUUCAUCAUCAUCAUCAUCAUCAUCAUCAUCAUCAUCAUAUUGUUCAUUGUUGUGUUCAGUGGUGAAUGUGAGUCAUGUGACUCUCUCCUGGUACAAAGGAAACAGUUUAUUGUUCAGCAUCAGUGUGUCUGAUCUCAGCAUCAGUCUCUCUCUACCUCUGGAGAUUGAGCGUGUGGAUGAUUCCUACAGCUGUGUUGUGGCUUAUUCAUUCACCAACCGGACUACACAUCUCAACACUGAACUCUGUCACACACGUUCAGACUCUGUCCACUGUUGUGGUUCUACUGAAGCUGUGAUUCGAUUGGUCCUCUCUGCUUUGGUGGGCGUGACUACUGUCAUUCUUCUGGUUUAUGACAUCAGAUCCAGAAGAGCUGAACAAGAUCAUGCACAUAUUCACACAUCAGGAAGUAUUGAAAUCUAAAGCAGAACGCUGAACUUUAGAGUUUCUUCAAGUGUGUUUUUUUUUUCUUCUAGUGUUUUUGUCAUAAUAAAUACUGAUGAUUAUUUAAGCUUGUGCUUUCUUUUCCAGUGUCAGAUUUUUAAAAAUAUAAUUUGAAAGGCUUUACUGUUUAUAUUUCUUUCAGAUACAUAAAAUAAAUGUAUAAAGGGACAAACAGAUCUCUAUUACCGCUGUUCAUUUGCCAUCUGUAUUUGCUUGCCUUUAUCAAUAAAGUUUUC